AUGACCGUCGUACACACUCUGACCCCUCAGGGGUCUUCCCAUGGAAUCGGUUCAGGACAGGCUCUUGAGGAUAGGUUUGAGGUGCUCAAAGAGAUUGGCGAUGGAAGUUUUGGAAGUGUCGUGUUGGCUAGAGUCCGGAGUUCAGGUGCCACCGUUGCCCGCCGCGGUACUGUCAUUGCCAUCAAGACAAUGAAGAAAACAUUCGAGUCGGUAGGACCGUGCAUGGAACUGAGGGAAGUAGUCUUCCUGCGGACGCUUCCUGCCCAUCCCCAUUUGGUGCCAGCGCUCGACAUCUUCCUGGAUCCCUUCACCAAGAAGCUUCAUAUUGCCAUGGAGUAUAUGGAAGGCAACCUCUAUCAACUGAUGAAGGCGAGGGACCACAAGUGUCUGGACAACUCGAGCGUGAAGAGCAUCUUGUUCCAGAUCAUGAAGGGUCUCGAACACAUUCACGCGCAUCACUUUUUCCACAGAGAUAUCAAGCCCGAAAACAUUCUAGUAUCGACAUCCUCGCAUAUGGACACCCAGAACUCGUUCCGCCGUUAUUCCGCGCUGAUGAACCCUCCAUCAACGCCGCCCACGUAUACGGUAAAGAUUGCCGACUUCGGCCUGGCCCGCGAGACGCAUUCGAAACUCCCGUACACCACAUACGUCUCAACCCGAUGGUAUCGCGCCCCAGAAGUCCUCCUCAGGGCUGGUGAGUACUCGGCGCCGGUUGAUAUCUGGGCCAUCGGAGCCAUGGCCGUCGAAAUUGCUACGCUGAAGCCGUUGUUCCCGGGCGGAAAUGAGGUCGAUCAAGUGUGGAGAGUUUGCGAAAUUAUGGGAAGCCCGGGUAACUGGUACAACAAGGCCGGAGCCCGUGUCGGCGGCGGAGAAUGGAGAGAAGGUACCCGUCUUGCUGGAAAGCUCGGCUUUUCUUUCCCCAAGAUGGCGCCGCAUUCCAUGGACACCAUUCUCCAAACCCCCCAGUGGCCGACCUCGCUCGCCCAAUUUGUGACAUGGUGUUUAAUGUGGGACCCCAAGAACCGACCGACGUCGACCCAGGCCCUUGCCCACGACUACUUCACCGACGCCGUUGACCCAUUGAGGCCCAAGUCCUCCGCUUCCCGGAUCCUCGGCCGCAAACAAUCGGAUAUCAGCCGCGGAAAGGACUCGGCCACGUCCACGCCUACGUCUUCGAAACCAUCGUGGUUCAGGAAAUCCCUGAUCGGCCGUUCUGAGAGCAGCACCGAGGUCUCUACUGUGUCGACGACGCAAGAAAAUGCAAAGGUGAACAUUGCUCCCCGUCCAUCACCCGUGCAGGUUGCACCGGAAGUUCCCUCCCCAAAGCCCAGGCCAGCUCCAGCUGUUAGCAAGAGGACAACGUGGAAUAACGGUCCAUCGAAUGUCGCUCCCAUGCCGAUUCUUCCCACCAUCCGCCCAAUCACACCCUUGUCUGACGCAGUGACCGCACAGGCAAGCAGCAGAACACCUUCAUACAACGAUGCUUACGUAAAUGGAACGCAAAGGAGUGCCGCCGACGAAAACAAAGCCUCGAAGAAGAUUGGCCGUCAGCUAUCCGUCGCAUCUGCCACAAAUCACUAUGCCGAGAUCCACCGCCAGCAGGCCGAACGAGCGCUAAAUGGACAAACUGGUCUUGCCUCGCCCACGAGCGGGACGAAGGAGAGCUUCUUUUCGCACCUCAGGAAGCGAGCGAGAAGGUUCUCCGGAAGGCACCAGACACCAAUGUCUCCCGCUUAUGACGACAUCGAAGCCCAACCUCACGGCGUAGGCUGCGGACCUUGGGGAAGUAACAGAUCUUCCAUGGUCAUCGACAACCCGCCACCGGCCCCCGUCCCCAAAGACACGCUCGAAUCUCUCGAAAAGACGCUGAGAGAUCCCCAACCCGUUGCCGAAGUUCCGCCCAUGCCAGCAGCGCACCGAGCGCCCCCACAAAGUACUCUCAAGAGACACCAUUCGCUGCCGCAUCAUCAACCAAGGUCGGUAGAUAACCUGAUGAUGAGUGCUCGGGGAUCCGGACCAGUUUCAAGCAGGACGCGGAGGCAACAAGCUGCUCAGGGUGUAAACCAGUAUGAUGCGCCCGAUGAAGAGGACGAACUGAUUGACGAAGCCCUCACAUCAACCCGGAAGGCUAUCCAGCGUCUGGAGAAGGAUACAAAACAUCUCAGACAAUCGGCCAGCAAUCUGGGGCUCACUAACCCUUACUUAACUCCAUCACCGUCAGCCAGUGGCCAAAACAUCUUCUUUGCCGAUCACGGGAAAAAAGCUCUGACUCCCCAAUCCCUGGAACAAAACAAAAGGUCGUCAGAAUACAAGUGGCCCACGCCUCCCUACAAUGAUGAGGGUGACUGGGCAGCAUCGGCAUCAGCCAGUAUCUGGGCGGCAGGGAGCCGUAUCUAG